AUGACUUCGACCACGAUUACACGCGAGAAUGUCACCACUCUAUUCCCCGAUGUCCACACCCGCCUCAUCGGCGCCGACGCAGCGCCCAACACGACCCCCGACACCAACGGCACACCCACCUCCUCCGACGACCUCGCCGGCUACGAUGAAGAACAAAUCCGCCUAAUGGACGAAGUCUGCAUCGUCCUCGACACCGACGACAUGCCCAUUGGGUCUGCGUCCAAAAAAGCCUGCCAUCUGAUGACCAACAUCAACCAGGGUCUUCUGCACCGCGCAUUCUCCGUCUUCCUCUUCCACCCGCAAACCAAGAAACUGCUCCUCCAACAGCGAGCGAGCGAAAAGAUCACAUUCCCAGACAUGUGGACGAACACGUGCUGUUCCCACCCGCUCGCCCACCCCAGCGAAACGGGCCACGGCGAUCUAGCCAGCAACGUGGAGGGAGCGAAACGCGCCGCCCAGCGCAAACUGGGCCACGAACUCGGCAUUCCUGCAUCGCAAGUGCCCCCUUCCAACUUCGAUUUCCUCGCGCGUAUCCACUACCUCGCACCUUCGGGCGGGAAAUGGGGCGAGCAUGAGAUCGACUAUAUCCUGUUCAUCGAGGCUGAUGUCACGCUGGACAUCAACAAGAACGAAAUCCAGGAUACGCGGUGGGUCAGCCCCGAAGAGCUCAAGCAGAUGUUCAAGGACGUCGAGUCGCAGUCGGGCAAGGACAAGGCGCUCAAAUUCACCCCGUGGUUCCGCCUGAUUUGCGAAGGAAUGCUGUUUGAGUGGUGGGACAAGCUGGUCGAGGGUCGUCUGAGCGAGGUUACUGGCGAAACACAGAUUCGGAGAAUGUGA